UCCUGAUUCUCAUUUGCCUGAGUAGUGGUGAAGUAGUAGGAGUUAGAGCUAUUCGGAGGAUUAUGGCUUUACCUUUCAUAGCCGAAUCGGCGGCGUCGGCAAUCAUUGAGAAUCUCGUUAGCACUUGCUCAUCCUACCUCGAGGCAUGCCCGGCAACCUGCGGCAUGCAAGACGAGCUCGAACGGCUGCAGCACGCCCUUCCGCAGGUCCAGGCAGUCUUGACUGCGGUCGUGGGGGGUGCACCGGUCAUGGUGCAGAACAAGGCGCUGGAAACGUGGCUGUGGCAGCUCAGAGACGCCGUGGAGAAUGCGGAGGACGUGCUCGACGAGCUGGAGUACUACGAGUUACAAAAGACUAUACAAGAUCGAGAUGACAAGGUGCGUGGUAUUCUAUCUAACUGCAAGAGAAAGUUUGAUAGUUUCGUUAAUCGUAUAUUUAGCGAUGACACACUGAAGCGGUUGAGGGAGGCCGUCAAGGGGUUGGAUCGGGUCAUUGCUGGUAUGGGGCCACUCCUUCAUCUUGUUACUGGGUUAUAUGGCCCUCGCGUUAAGUGUCAGAAACUCGAGGAAAUUAAGAAUGCUCGCGAGACUAGCUCCUUGCUAACCGAAAGUGAGGUGCUCGGACGAGACGAGGAGAGGGACCUGAUAGUUGAAUGGCUGAUCGAACCGGGAGAUGCCGAUGUCAAUGUCUCCACUUUUACAAUUGUUGGUAUGGGCGGGAUCGGGAAGACCACUCUUGCUCAAUUGGUCUAUCGCAACGAAAGAGUGCAAGAGUACUUCGACCCGAUUGUGUGGGUUUGCAUUUCUCAGGAGUUCAAUGUAACUGUGAUAACAAAAAAGAUUUUAGAAUGUGUAAGUAGGGAGCAUUUUGGCGACAACAGUCUACAUGCACUCCAUGAGAAUCUUAAACAAAAACUAACGUCGAAGAGGUUUUUGCUCAUACUGGAUGAUGUUUGGAACGAUGAUAAAAUGAUGGCGUGGGAGAAAUUGGUUGCUCCUUUGAAAUUCGGACAGAGAGGAAGCAAGAUUCUGUUGACAACUCGGAUGCGUUCGGUUGCAGAUAUGGCGGCAAAAGUGAUGAAAUGCAAACAGGAAUCAUUAAAUCUAAAUAAGUUGGAGGAGAGCGACUAUAUGUUGCUUUUCAAUAAGCAUGCAUUCCUCGGUGUGAAUCCUGAUGAUUAUAAAAACUUGCAACUGAUUGGCGAACAGAUAGCGAAGAAACUUGGAGGAUGCCCAGUGGCCAUAAAGGUCAUGGGAGGAAUGCUGAACUCCUGCAUGGACUAUGAAUAUUGGAAGAAAAUCCUGGAAAAAGACAAUGUGAAAUUACAACAAGGAAACGACGACAUCAUGAAAGUUUUAAGAUUAAGCUACGAUCACUUAUCCACAAACUUACAACUCUGCUUUAGAUAUUGUAGUUUAUUUCCGCAGGAUCAUAUGUUUAAGAGAAAAAAGUUGGUCAAUAUGUGGAUUGGUUCGGGUCUGAUUCCACAAUCUAUUUGUGGCAGGGAAAGGCCAGAGGAUAUCGGAAAGGAGUAUUUAAAUCUUUUGACAAGAAAAUCAUUCUUUACCUGUAAAACCCAUGAUAAUAGGGUGGAAAUUACUAAAAAGUAUUUUAUGCACGAUCUGCUGCAUGACCUAGCACGAUCUGUUUCUCUAGGAGAAUGCAUCAAAAUAGGAGGUGAUGUUGCAGAAAAUAUUAUUCCAAAAACAGUUCGACACUUAUCUGUCGAAAUGCUUAAUCUUCUUUCUAUUAGAGAGAUCUCCAAUCUUAAGAAUGUGCACACUCUAGUCAUUUCUGUUAAAGAGGACAAUAGGCAUAAUGCAGAUCAUGCACUUGAAUUUAUCGAGGUUAUAAAAGGGUUUAGAAAGUUACGCUUAUUGAUCUUAGAUGUGAAUUUUCACUCUUAUAAACUGCCCAAUGCACUUAGUAGCUUGAUACACCUCCGCUACCUAUCUCUUUCACUACAGAAAGUUGUGAAUGAAAGCAUUGAAUAUGAUGCCUUGACCAACUUGGUCAAUUUGCGUUCAUUAGAUGUUUCCGAUGAUGUGAUAGAAAAUAUUCCUUAUAUUAGCAAAUUACCCUUCAUCCACAUAUUAAAAAAUUUUAUCGUUCAAGAGAAGAGUGGUUACAAAAUUGGUGAACUAAAGAACCUCAGGGACCUUCGUCACCUGUGUAUUAGGAAACUUGAAAAUGUGAAGAGUUCUGAAGAAGCCAUCGAGGCCAAUUUAAACGAGAAAAAAUAUCUCAAAUCAUUGGGAUUGCGAUGGUCUGAAGGCCACUCCAAUAGUGCAGAAGCGGAUGAGCAGCUCCUCGAUAACCUCUGUCCACAUAUCAAUCUCAAGAAGAUGCGCAUUCAACAAUACCAAGGUGCUAAAUCUCCAUGUUGGAUGACAAAUCUGUCUCUUGUCAAUUUGACAACCAUCGAGCUAAUUGAUUGUAAAAGAUGGGAGCACCUCCCGCCUCUUUGGCAGUUUUCUUCGCUCCAGCAUCUUUUCUUGCAGGGACUGCAUGCAAUAAAGCAAAUAGAUUGGUCAUUCUUUGGAAGCAACAAUGGAUGUGCCUUUCCAUCGUUGAAGAAGUUACUUUUAUGGGAUAUGCCUAACUUGGAGGAGUGGAUUGGAAUUGAUGACAGGUGCAUGUUUCCUCAACUUCAGUCUAUGUCUAUUUCUGAUUGCCCUAAUUUGAGAGGAAUUCCUACUCUGCAUUAUGGUCUAAGAGAUUUGCAUAUUUAUAAUGUCGGAUUGACCGCUUUACCAACAAUAAAUCAAGAUUACGCAAACAACAAUCAAGAACAUUUUCAGGCUCUUGAAAACUUAAUCAUCAGACACUGUAAGAAGAUCGAAUAUGUUCCAUCGGAGCUUUUUGGAAAAUUCAAAGCCAUAAAAACCUUGCACAUAGAAAAUUGCCCGAAGUUGACAAAACGUAGGAUCUCAGACAUCGAACUGCCCUCUGUACUCGGUCAUCUCACUACUUGGUCAUUUGGCGACCUCGAGGUGCCACUGCUGUGGUCAGCGGAUUUAACCUCUCUUAUAUGGUUGGAAUUACUCGAUUGUGCAAGGAUAGCAUCCCUUCCCCCGGCACAAGUGUGUGCACGGUGGACGAUGCUUUCCCGCUUAGACAUAAAGAACUGCAAAGAACUGUCAUCAUUUGGUGGAAUACAAGCUCUCGUAUCCCUCCGUUCUUUAGAUAUUGAAGGGUGUGACAAGCUAAUUGAAGUUGCCCUUCUGCUGCAGCCUCCGUUCCCAAAUGAUGUCGGCCAAAAAAAGAAUACAGUACUGGACUGCUUUUUGAAGAAUGGUAGACUAUCAAUUGACCACCACGCGCUUCUGCUCAUGGAGCCAUUGAGAAGUCUCUCCUCCGUCUGCUCGUUGACUCUCUCUGAUGCUUCACGACUCGCCUCCUUACCUGAGGAAUGGCUACUACAAAAUCACGCUGCCCUCGAACGAUUUUGCAUAUGGAAUGCACGCUCCCUUCAGUCCCUACCCCGCAGCAUGACAAAACUGUGCUCCCUCGUCAUUUUGGGUGUGGAAGAUGCUAAUCUCAUCCAGUCACUUCCAGAUCUACCUACUUCACUGCGUUGUCUAGUCAUCAACAGCUGUCACCCUGUGUUGAAGGAGCGAUGCCAAGAGAAUAUAGGCCUUGAUUGGCCCAAGAUUGCCAACAUCCGUUUUGUGAGGAUUACAUAGCAUUAUUUGCAGAUCGUGAUGAUGAUGCAUAUUAAUUGUUGUAUCCACUUUCCGGGGCAAAUUUGACAGACACUCCGUCGAUAACACUUAUACCGACAUUUCACCGUAAAAUGAAAAUGAGGCCUACACUGCAGCAGGCAUCAACUUGCAACCACGUCUUUCAGCUGCUUGCUUUUUCUUUCUUUACGAUUUGCCAAAACAGAAAAAAAAUUAAUUUCCUAAUGCAUUGACGACAGAAAAGCACACUCAAAACUCAAACAGACCGACGACUGUUGCUGAUGUUCAGUUCAGUCUUCAAUCUCUGUAAGGUUGGUUUUGAUUCAAAUUUUCUGUCUACGCUCCUUUGUGCAGUUCCUUAUUUUUCGAACUGUUGUUUUCAGAGACAUAAUUUUUUUUUUUUUUUUGAGGUAAAAUUCUAAUGAGACCACUGCAACUAUACGCCAUUGCGAAAUAGGCCCCUCAACUUGGCAAUUA